GAAAGUGUUCAGGGCAGGGCAGCUGAUAAAGGAACUCACACACACCAACAUGAAGAAAACCUGCACCAACUGAAGACUUUAAAUACACAAACACAGCUUCAGUGAGUCUUAUUCUGUCAGGAUGACGGAGUGUCAAACAGAUUUUGCGGAGGAGGAGAAGAUGGAACUUGAGCGACUGAAGAUGCACAAAGAGACCCUGCUGGAGGACAUUGAAAAACUAAAGAACCAGAUUGAAAACGUCAUGGCAGAUAUUCAGGGCUUCAAAUCUGCAGAAGACAAUAAAAUACAAGAGAGAGAGAAGCGCUUCAGCAGUGGAAAGAAGAAGUUUAACAUGGACCCUAAGAAGGGUGUGAAGUAUCUUGUGGAGAAUGAGCUGCUGGAUUGGAAAGCAGAGCCAGUGGCUGAGUUCCUGUAUAAAGAGGAAGGACUGAACAAGACGGCCAUCGGAGAGUUCCUGGGGGAGAGAGAGGAGAUGAACCUCCUGAUCCUGAAAGCGUUUGUGGACCUGCACGAGUUCUCACAUCUGAACCUGGUUCAGGCGUUACGGCAGUUCUUGUGGAGUUUCCGUCUGCCGGGUGAAGCUCAGAAGAUCGACCGUAUGAUGGAAGCUUUUGCCACACGCUACUGUAACUGUAUCCCGGGUGUGUUUCAGUCCACAGACACGUGUUAUAUUCUGUCGUUUGCCAUCAUCAUGCUGAAUACGAGUCUACACAACCCCAACGUGAAGGACAAAACCACGCUGGAGCGAUUCAUCAGCAUGAACAGAGGAAUAAACAACGGCAGCGACCUGCCUGAUGACCUGCUGACGAAUCUGUACAACAGCAUUCGCAACGAACCCUUCAAGAUCCCAGAGGAUGAUGGGAAUGAUCUGACACACACAUUCUUCAAUCCUGACAGAGAGGGCUGGCUCCUGAAACUGGGCGGUCGAGUGAAAACAUGGAAAAGACGCUGGUUUAUUCUUACUGAUAACUGCUUGUAUUAUUUUGAGUAUACAACGGAUAAAGAGCCGCGUGGGAUAAUUCCACUGGAGAAUCUGUGUGUGAGAGAAGUUUCUUUUCCUCGCAAACCGUAUUGUUUAGAAUUGUAUAAUCCUAACAGCAGAGGUCAGAGAAUCAAAGCUUGUAAGACAGAAACAGACGGUCGUGUGGUGGAAGGCAAACAUCAGUCAUACACGAUCUGUGCUGCUGCAGCCGAGGAGAGAGAUGAUUGGAUAGAAUCUAUCAGGGCCAGCAUUACCAAAGAUCCAUUCUAUGAUCUCGUGUCUAUCAGAAAGAAAAAGGUCAUCAAUAAAACUCCUGAGUGACAUCA